UGCAUCUUUCAGUGCUUCUUCUGUCAGCAAGUUCAGCAGAGCUGCUCCUCGUCCGCCGCAGCCAAUCACAGCCCAGAGCCCCACCCAUGUGACAUGGUGAAGAUGACCAAGUCGAAGACGUUCCAGGCCUACCUGCCCUCCUGCCAUCGCACCUACAGCUGCAUACACUGUCGGGCGCACCUGGCCAACCACGAUGAACUCAUCUCUAAGUCAUUCCAAGGCAGCCAGGGCAGAGCCUACCUCUUUAACUCUGUUGUGAAUGUGGGCUGUGGACCGGCCGAGGAGCGGGUUCUCCUGACAGGUUUACAUGCUGUCGCUGACAUCUACUGUGAAAACUGUAAAACCACUCUGGGCUGGAAAUACGAGCAUGCGUUUGAGAGCAGUCAGAAGUACAAGGAGGGGAAGUUCAUCAUUGAGCUGGCUCAUAUGAUCAAGGACAAUGGCUGGGAGUGA